AUGUCAAUAGCAGAUGACACGGAUAUCAAGUUGAAAGCGCGAUUUGAUGGCCAGGUCGUUGUGCUCUACGCGAGGCCUCCAUUAAUUUUGUCCGACUUUUUCUCGUUGCUUCGCAAUGCUUGCAAGCAGCCGUCGAAUCAAGCGAUCACUGUGAAAUGGGUCGAUGAAGAUGGCGAUCCGAUUUCGGUGGACACACAAAUGGAGCUUGAUGAGGCUGUUAGGUGUAUGCAUGUUUGUCAAGAUGCUGAGCUCAAUGUCCACGUGUUUUUGGGUAAACCCGAACUGCCAGGAUUAUUAUGUCAAGGAGAAGAUCGUUCUGUGUACCGACGAGGCGCGCGCCGCUGGAAGAAGAUCUACCUGUACAACGGGCAUCGGUUCCAGGCGAAGCGGCUGAAUCGCCGAAUCCAGUGCUUCAUCUGCCACGACUACAUUUGGGGUAUCGGACGGCAGGGAUUCCGGUGCGUCGAUUGUCGCCUGUGCGUUCACAAAAAGUGUCAUCGACAUGUUCAAACGCACUGCGGACAGACGCCUGUUGGUCCAACGAUACCGCAAAUGAGCUCGGAGACGCGUGUGUCGCAAUCGGGAACCGAUCGAAGCGGAAGCUACGGUAGGAAUGGUGUUGAGAACGGCGCGUUCAACGAGCUCGAAAUUGAAACGCCGUCGUCGCGAGAAUCGAUGCAACAGCAUGCGAAUGGAAAUGAGUCGAUAUCGAAAUGGGCGGUGUCACUCAAAGACUUCCGACUGCUUACGGUUAUUGGACGCGGAUCCUAUGCUAAGGUUGUUCAAGCUGAGCAUCUCGUGACAAAGCAAAUUUAUGCCAUCAAAAUUAUUAAGAAGGAGAUGUUCAAUGAGGAUGAGGAUAUUGACUGGGUUCAGACCGAAAAAUCGGUGUUCGAGGCGGCGUCGAACUAUCCGUUCCUCGUCGGUCUUCAUUCGUGCUUCCAGACCGAAUCGCGGCUAUUCUUCGUCAUCGAGUUUGUGCCGGGCGGUGAUUUGAUGUUCCACAUGCAGCAGCAGCGAAAAUUGCCCGAAGACCACGCGCGUUUCUAUUCGGGCGAAAUCAUUUUGGCGCUUCACUUUUUGCACUCGCGCGGCAUCAUUUAUCGCGAUUUGAAGCUGGACAACGUGCUCAUCGACGCCGAGGGACACAUCAAACUCACCGACUACGGAAUGUGCAAAGAGAAUGUGAACCCUGGCGAUUUGACGUCGACGUUCUGCGGAACGCCGAACUACAUUGCGCCGGAGAUUCUGAGAGGCGAGGAUUAUGGAUUCAGUGUGGAUUGGUGGGCGUUAGGUGUUUUAAUGUUCGAAAUGAUGGCUGGAAGAUCGCCGUUUGACAUUGUCGGAAUGCCGAACGCUGAGGAGAACACGGAGGACUACCUAUUCCAGAUCAUUCUUGAAAAGCAAAUUCGAAUUCCGCGAUCGCUUUCGGUGAAAGCGGCGUCGGUGCUCAAAGGAUUCCUCAACAAGGAUCCGACGGAGCGACUCGGAUGCAAAUUCGACAUUUCCGAAGGGCUGCGAGACAUGAAGGAGCAUCCAUUCUUCAAGGGCCACAUCGAUUGGGAGCAGCUCGAGCAGAAGGCAAUUGCGCCGCCGUAUCAUCCGUCAGUGGAAAGCGAUCGAGAUUUGAAGCACUUUGACCAUCAGUUUACCGACGAACCGCCGCAAUUGACGCCGGACAAUCCGCAAGUGAUCGCCCGAAUUGAUCAGAGCGAAUUCGACGGCUUCGAGUAUGUGAAUCCACUGCAAAUGAGCCGAGAGGAUUCGGUCUAA